CUGAGGAUUCCGACAGUGCUGAUAAAACAACUGUCGAUCUAUCUCGCUUUGUGGCCAAGUCGUGGAGCCGAUGGCGACUCUCCAGAAACUGUUGUGGAGCGGAGAAUACUCUGACUUCUGUGACGAGGUGGUACUGGUCGAGAGUCGCUUCGUUCUAGAGAGAAAGCACGGGGAGUGUCUUUGCAUGGUGCACGCUGGCCUGACAGAGACCGUGUUUCUGAUAGCUGAGGAGAUUGUGGACACCAACGCCAGACAUCUAAGAACCGUGGUGGUUGCUACUGAUGCACCCUCCAACUUGGAGUACCUCCAUCUGGCACAUCUAUUCCCCUUGCAGAAUACAAGACUAUCAAACAGGAAACAUCAGGAACAUCGCGGCGAGCACGUCUUGAGGCUGCGCCUGUCAACAGGGAAGACCUGGUUCCUAGAGCUAGCUGAGGGCAGGCACCGUGAGGACCGAUGGAGAGAGUGGCUGUCCUGGAUCCAUGAUCUAGACGAGAGGCGCCACGAGAAAAGACAACACCCGUUAUCAAUCGAGGCAACAAGGGCACCUCGCGCCAAUGGUAACUUGGACGAGUCAACGGUCGACAGCCAAGACAGCGCAGCGGCCCUGGCGGUGGCGCAGCAACGGAAACGCCGUGAGUCCCGCGCCUAUCACUGGGUCGGACACUUCGGAGGGGCUCUGUCUCGGGAUCACGACGGCCAGAUAGCGGCUGAUGACCACGACACAGCGAACAUAGGCCUCCCUGACCACCUGCUCGAACAUUCCACCCAUGAAGACCUUUCUCGUAGCACCGUGAAACACGGCCAGAGCCAAAAGUCUGCAGCGGUCAUCAUGAAUCCAACCGCUUCACUUGUCUGGCAGCCCGCGGGGAAUCAGCACUCCCUCGUUAUGCGGAAAGCCAGCUACAGCAGCUCAGACACGUACUCCAGCCUGGAAGACAUCAAGAGUGUGGGCAGCUUGGUAGGAGAAACCAACUUCGACUGGAUGCACCCUGUCUCUGACGAAAUUAACCGGAAGCUCAUCCUGUGCGUGGAGGACCUCUUUCAAAAGUUUAACAUGGAGGCGCAUGGACAUGGACACGUCGGCAGGUGGCGCCCUCUGGCUUCAUUGACGGCAGUCGACCAGUUGAGAGAAGCAGACAUCACCACACCUCACGGGGAAAGGCGCGGUUUGCCACCGAUACCGACGAAGGAGACCUUGCAUCAUCGCUGUUCACUGCCAGACGUGUUAGAAGGCGAGGCCAGCUUCCUGGACGAUAUGCAACCGGCAGCCGACGCCGCGCAUCGGGCCUCUCUGGUCUACCAGGACCUGGUGAACGACGACGAGACCAAGACGCCCCACGUGAUCGGUGGUCACGUCAUGCUCUUGUCAACCGAGCAGACGAGAUUGCAGGAAGAGAUAGCGAGAUGUCGCGAGAUGUCGGCAGACGUGGAGUUCUCGGAUGGAGGUGGUAAAAUGCCCACGGUUACUUACGGAAAGGGGAGAGCAGGAAUUUCUGGUCGGGCCGGCAAGAAAGUGCCGGGAGAGAAAACUCCACCAAGGCACAGGAGAAAGAAACACGAGAAAUCUUUGAAAGGGAAACUGCAGCCCGAAAAGCACGACAGUCGAAACAAACCUCGCAGGAAACAGCAUGCCGAGGGUAAAUUAAAGUCUGAACACGCGGAGCAUUUUUCGACAAGAAUUCUUCACAGUAUAUGGAAACGCAAACAGGCAAAGCUAGACCAUGAUAAACCACAGCAAAGAGUCGGGGUCCACGAAAUUGAUACAGAGGUCCUGGCCAGAGAACUAACCCUUCUGGACUCCUUGCUGUUUAUACGCGUGCGAGAAGCCGAGUUGGUGGACUGCCUGUGGCUCAAGGAGGACAGACACACCCGAGCUCCCCACACCACCAGGCUCAUCGAGUUCUUUGAGCGAGUAGUUGGACUGGUCUCCACCGAGACCGUUCGGCCGUCGACCGUCAAGGAGCGGGCAGCGACCGUGGCUAGAUUCGUGCUGGUGGCCGAGCGGUGCCGGCAGCUGCAGAACUUCCACAGCCUAAAGGCCGUCCUGAGCGGGCUGAAGGUGCUGCCGGUCUACCGACUGAGGAAGACCUGGCAGGCGUUCGAGGAGGACUUCCCAGACGAGUAUGGUCUCUGGAGCGAGUUGGUGUUCCUGACGGCUGAUGACGGGAGGAGCGACCUGUACAAGAUGGCAGUUAGGAAGUCUCUAUUGUCACCACCUUGCCUGCCGUUCAUGGGUACGUUCCUGCUGAGCGUGGUGGAUCUGUAUUCAGCUGUUGACAGGGCCGGUAUGCAGCCCUCACACAGAGCGCACAUGUCAUCUUCAUCCUCAUCAACUCAUUGCUUCUCCUCCACGGAUGAGGGGGAAUCUACGAUGCAUGUGAUCCACUUCGACACAGAUGACACCGUCAAUUCUGCCAUCCAAACUACUGAAUCUCGUACUCAACCGAAGCCCACGCAUCCUGCAGGUUUCUUCGGGACUUUCGCCUUGGCCUUGCACACUUUCCGCCACAAACAUGUUAGGCCAUCCCACACCACCGCGGAGAUACAUCCAGAGUCAUCCGACUCCGGAGACAUGGAGACGAAUCGUGCAGCGAGGGGGAUGACGUCCACGCGUAAAACGCACAUCCGGAGACUGAUCAUCGACUACGCGAGGCGGUGCGCCAAGGAGCGAGGGAUGGCUUGGCGGGCCGGAGUGGAAACCGUCACCGUCCAAGACCUGCUAGGUGCAGCCUUCCUCGCCGGGGUUGGGAGUCCUAUCAACUGGGGAAGCCUCUUCGCCAAAGUACAGCCAACUGGGAUGCCAACCGUUUCCAAGAAAGAGGAAGAGGAGAAGGAAGCCAAGAAGAACGCCGAGUACCAGUUAUUCGAGACCCUGUUCACACAUCAGAUGGCCGCUGUGCAGUACAGACACAAGAGCAACAGAGCAGUGAGAAACUACCUCCUGCACGCCGAGUAUAACACGGACCAACAGAAUUUCAAGUUGUCUAUGAGUCGUGAGUCACCUAGCGACUGAACCCCCUCAGUAACUCGUCAAUAACAUCUUUAGGACGGAUACCAAAUAAUCCGUCUGGAACCUUCACAUAAUGCCCUGUUAAACAAACUUAACAAAAGCAAAGACUUAAGACAUAAACGCCUUCCAUUUUUCAAAACUUUGACCCACGAAAAAGGAGUGCGGCAAUACUGGACAUGGAAUCUGAACAAUGACUGGGUGUGGUCUCAGCUACUCGGUUCCCAUAAAACUCACGUAGAUUCGGGGUAACUGUGGGACGUGGUUCAGUGGAGAAAGGGGAGGGAAGGCCGCGUGACGCGAGACAAAUGAGACAGAAGUUCGCCUUACGUAGUUAUCAACUAUAGGAGAUGGCAUGCCCCUUUUUGCUGAAAGUGUUUCAUAAUAUUGGUUUAUAGAGGAUGGACCACAAAGGAGUAAAUUGAACAGCGCCACCAGCGCCUGGUUCUCACAUAGGAGCUGGUAAUAAUGCCUGUAUAACAUCGAACACUUCAAGCAGGCCACACUGUUUUGAUUUAUAUCUCAUCAAUGAUUGUAAAUUCGUUGGAAGAUGAACGUUUCUUAUAAUAGGACAGGUGUAUUUUUUUAUUUGCCAGAUAGUUUACAUGCAUGGACCUAUAGCUUUGCCAGAAUUUCCCUAUAAUGAUCAAUUUAUGGUGUAUAGAUUUAAAUUUAAGAAACGUAUAAACAUCUGUUGUAAGUGUGAGUCACAGCUUUAAAAAAUCCACAUGCUUUUACGAUUCAGUGGAAAUUGUUUGACUUACAAAACCCUAUGCAUUGUAUCGGACUUAGGAGCUGACUAAACAGCUUCUGCCCAGACAAGCCACUCUUCUAUGCAACGUAUCCUUUCGCUUCGGGGCUUAGACUAUUACCUAUGUAAACCGAAGGCGGGAGCUGUACGAUACUACAGUCGCCCACCAGCUUGCCCGUUAUUGUCCGGGGGAGCUCUGCUCGAAAAUACCGCUUCGUAUCCAACAAAAACUCUGACAUUGUGAGUUGUAAUCCCCUGCUGGUAUUGUGACCAUUAUACACAACUACAUACAUGCGUCCCGUUUCCUGCAUUCUUUACGGUGUAUCUUGUAUCUUGAAGGUUUCUCUUUUGCCCGACGACGGGGCGGGGAGAAUAGUAUAACCCGCGAGUCCCCGGGGAGUGCCCGCUUUGAAAUCACCCCCAUGUUGCGGCAGGAAAAUCUCCUCUAAUCCGUGUAUAUUCACGAAGCUCAAUUGACCGUCAAGGGAACAAGCCAAAGAAACGCUGUAUCCUCAAUCGUUCUAGCAUACUUUCAGUUGACAUCUUUACAAGAAGUUUUUUCUUUCUUUUCUGUCGAGUGAAUAGAAGCCUCCCAUUGGGGCCUGAAAUGAAUGAACCAUCCGAGUGGCAUGUUGGUGAUUCUUGUUUUGUAACGCUUUUCUUAUGUGAAGAAAUAACAGACAGAAUUUGCCAUUAGCCCAAUCCUAAUACCAUUACUGGAAAUUUCUCAACACGACCAGCAAGUAUCUGCCGAAACAUUGACUUUACAUUAUGCAUAGUUACUCAGAACAUAUAUGUUUAAAGUGCACUGUGCAUUGAAAGAUGCUCAUAUCAAUCUAUGAUAUUUGUAAUUCUGUUUGUAAAAGUAUCAGAUGUGUAAGUAAAACGAGGAAAACAAAAUUGGUGUUUCUGAAUUCUA